AUGCGCGUCAGUGAUACUUUCAGUUCCAAACAUCCGGCGAGAGCCAAUGGAGUGGAUCCGAUCCAAACUACCAUCGUUGACCUUUUCGACUACUGGGCGCAUAAAACACCAGACAGAACUGCCGCGGAAUGGGAAGGCAAACGACUGACAUACUCGGAGUUACGAACUGCAUCUUUACAUGUCAGUCAGGCGCUUUUGAAUGCGGGAGUGGCGCAUAGAGACCAAGUCCCGCUAUUGACCCGCAUGUCGCUGGAAAUGCUACCGGCAAUCAUUGGAAUUCUUAGAGUCGGAGCGUGCUAUGCACCAAUCGAUGUAGCAGUAUGGGGUGUCUCUAGAAUUGAAUACGCGCUCGACGCCCUGUCUUCUUCUGUGGCGGUUGCUACGACUUGGUGCCCUGAGGUGCAGCUUCCGAUCGUAACGGUCAAUUUCCAAAGAAGCUGGUUCCAUGCGUCAUUAAAGGAAAACGAAACACUAGAAAAACAGUUGUCAGAUCGAAGGAGCGCGUUGCAAAAUAAUGACCUUGUUUGGAUAUUUUUCACCUCGGGAACUACGGGCAAGCCAAAAGGUGUCAUGAUUCCUCAUAGUGCCGCGUACGCCUAUUCACUGGUACAAUAUAUGGAUCAAAACACAGAAGACGUCGAGUUCCGCAAUCUGCUGGCCUUUUCGGUCUCCUUCGAUGGGUGCGCCUCAGUCAUGUGGGCGACAAUUACGCAAGGUCGAACAUUGGUCAUGGCUUCAGCAUCAAGUUUUCCGGAUGUCAGUGUCACAUGCGAUGCAUUGAUGUUGACCCCUUCUAUGCUGGAAAUACUCGAUCCACUGGGUCCAUAUGAACGAGUGCGCUAUAUCUUUCUGGGCGCAGAAGAUCCGAGUCGUGAGGUGGUACGUCAAUGGAUCACACCAGCUAGAAAGGUUUUCACAACGUACGGGCCGUCGGAAACCACGUGUAUCAUAACACUCGGUAGAAUUGAUCCGGAUACAGAGAUAAGUCUGGGCGAGCUCCUCCCUGGAUUCAAAGUCGUGCUCGUGGACGAGAACAUGGAAGAGAGUGAUCGCGGCGAGAUGAUGAUCGCAGGUCCUGGUGUUGGUCUGGGAUAUCUUAACAAUACCGAGUUGACGAACCGAAAAUUCAUCCAGUGGAAGGGUGACCGGUUCUACAGAACUGGUGACCUUGCCCGUAAGAAUACAUCCGGACAGUUUGUAUGGGCAGGUCGAGCAGACUCGCUAGUCAAGAAUAGAGGCUUUCUCAUCAAUCUCGAAACGGAGGUAGAAGCUACGAUGCUGAGCUUUCCCUCAGUCCAGAAAGCCGUCGCGCUGAAAUGGCGGGAUAGACUUAUCGGAUACGUUCAGCCUACUACAGUUGAUACCACGGCUUUACGAGACUUCAUGAAGACUCGUGUCGAUCCGUUUGUUAUACCUGACGAUAUAAUCAAGAGAGAUAAGUUCCCUCUGAACGUCAAUGGGAAAAUCGACAAGGUAGCGCUUGAGGCUCAGCGCGAGGAGAAGUGGCAGUCGGAACAAGCGCAUAGCGAGUCUGUACUGGCUGCUGGGUCGAACAUGAACGGAGUCGAGCCACGAAGCAACGGUGUCGAAAAUUCACACAUACUAAAUGCAUUGCGAGGAACUUUUUCCAAAUGCCUACACGUCGGACAAGCACAGCUAAAUGAAGAGUCUUCCUUCACGUCGUUGGGGGGAAACUCAUUUAGCGCCAUUCGAGCGUCACAGUCUCUUAAAAGAUUUGGGUACGAAGUAUCGCCUGUCCAGAUAUUACGUCUAGACACGAUUGGUGAACUGGAGCGGAUCGUACGAGAAGCACCUUCUUCAGAACCAAGGCUUGAAACGAAUGUUCUAUCGACUAAUGAUUCCGAGCGCAUACCGGCGACCCCAGUUCAGGUCGUUCACCUCCGGAGAUCGAUUGAAACUCCCGAGGCUGCUGCUCUUAUCGGUACAGCGAGAUGGAUUGCGGACGCGCGCAAAACGCCCACACCGUCAGAGCUUCACAAAGCUUUCAUCAAGGCACUCUCAGCGCAUGAUGUAUUCAGCACCAGAUUUCAUUUGGAAGAUAUGACUUUCUCCAGGCUCGAUCGUCUCAAUUUCGAUUGGCGCGAAGUCAGUGUGAGGGACAGCGAAUUUGAAGAAGCAUGUAUUGCGGCAGAGCAACAGACAAGAAGGGACAUGUAUCCUUUGUCUACCAGCGAUAUUGAGGUGCCUUUCUAUCGGGUAACAUGCAUUUCUGUGCCUGAUCGUAAAGCACUGGCUUACGUGACUGGAAUACAUCACGUUCUUGUCGAUGUUAUUGCACAAACAGUCCUCGCGCGGGAUAUAGAUCUGGCUUUGGCAGGAGAAUCUAUACCUCAGGGCCCUAGCAUGAAAGAGUUCGCCCGGUAUAUGAAUCAGUACAAGCAGCGAAAGCUCGAAGAUGCGAUACGCAUGGUCGAAAGUAUGGUGCAGCCAUUAGCUACCACGGCAGUAUUACAGCUGCCCCAACCAAACGAGUCUCAAGGUACACGAGAGGUCGGCGGUGAGCAAAACUCCUCGGAUCAGGGUUUUGACAGCACCUACCUUCGUCUGAAUGCGCCCGAUGUGAUUAUUCGGAAAGCCGAUCUCGAUGCAGCGGCAGCACGCCUGCGUUGUACACCGAGUACGUUAGUAUACGCGGCCUGGUCGCUGUUUUUGCGCAGCAUCAGUACCCCAGACUGCCAGGAUGCUGUAGGAUUUCGCAUCAGUCUCUCAGGCCGAACCGUCUCCUGGGACAAAGUGGACUCGGUCGUUGGGUGUCUAACAGAUAGUGGACCUUUUGCUACGCGAGUUCCAAAAGACCAUACCGACCUAACCAUCUACGACUGGAUCGCCCAGGUCCACAAAUCUACACUGAAUUUGUUUGAACUGGAUGGGCUUUAUCAGGCUUUGCCUAAAUCCUUGCUGUCGGAUCCGCACACUAACACUACUAAUGUGCUUUGCUUUCUCAAUAUGGAUCCACCGUCGACGCCACACUGGAGCUACGCUGAAACUCAGAAACACGUUUAUCACAUUUCUUGGUAUGCGUUCCAAGAUGGGGACAAUGUUGCUACUCAGUUCGAGAUACAGCGCCAGCGUGUGGAUGCCGAUUGGGCGGUUUCAAUAGCUAGUGUUCCUACUCGCUUGCUACAACGUCUUGUCAAUGCUGAUGAGGGUUGCCUUUUGGCCGAUUUUUUCAACUAG